AGGCUCAGACUGCACGAGUUGACAGUUCCAUACUUUUGCAACCGAAGUGACUAUUUCGGGCCUGGAUUGGCGAGGGCGGAAAGGGGAAGAGCGCAGUACAGCAACUGCAGCCGCUGCUCCGACUACGUGUGUGCGAGGGAGAGAAAACCCUUCUUCGGGUGUACCGGAGAGGGCGGGAAGGAGGAAGGAAGCGGGGAGAGGGUGAGGGAGAACAGCCACGAAUGCUUGGGAUAAUUCCGCUUCCGUCGAGAACUAGGACCGGCCGCCUCUGACCGACUAGAGCGGGCUCCCUGAAGCCGUCUCCUCGCUUACGCCCAGGCACCUUGUGGGACCAUCAGCAUGGCCACCUCUCCUCAGAAGUCGCCUUCUGCUCCCAAGUCUCCAACCCCGAAGUCGCCCCCCUCCCGAAAGAAAGACGACUCCUUCUUGGGCAAGCUCGGAGGCACUCUGGCCAGGAGGAAGAAAGCGAAAGAAGUGUCUGAGCUACAAGAAGAAGGAAUAAAUGCCAUUAACUUACCGCUAAGCCCAAUUCCUUUUGAACUAGAUCCUGAAGAUACUAUGCUAGAGGAAAAUGAAGUGCGAACAAUGAUUGAUCCCAAUUCCAGAAAUGAUCCAAAACUACAGGAGCUGAUGAAGGUGUUAAUUGAUUGGAUUAAUGAUGUAUUGGUAGGAGAACGCAUCAUUGUGAAAGACCUGGCUGAGGACUUGUAUGAUGGUCAAGUACUGCAGAAACUCUUUGAGAAGCUUGAGAGUGAGAAACUCAAUGUUGCUGAAGUCACGCAGUCAGAAAUAGCUCAGAAACAGAAACUGCAGACAGUACUUGAAAAGAUCAAUGAAACCCUUAAACUUCCUCCAAGGAGCAUCAAGUGGAAUGUUGACUCUGUCCAUGCUAAAAGUCUAGUUGCAAUACUGCAUCUUUUGGUUGCUUUAUCACAAUAUUUCCGUGCCCCGAUCAGACUGCCGGAUCAUGUGUCCAUUCAAGUUGUUGUGGUCCAGAAACGUGAUGGGAUCCUCCAGUCCCGACAAAUACAAGAGGAAAUUACUGGUAACACUGAGGCAUUGUCAGGACGGCAUGAACGGGACGCAUUUGACACCUUAUUCGAUCAUGCUCCGGAUAAACUCAAUGUUGUGAAAAAGACCCUCAUAACUUUUGUGAAUAAACACCUGAACAAGCUGAAUUUGGAAGUUACAGAGCUGGAAACCCAGUUUGCAGAUGGAGUGUACCUGGUGCUCCUGAUGGGUCUUCUUGAAGGUUAUUUUGUGCCUCUACACAGCUUUUUCUUGACUCCCGAUAGUUUUGAACAAAAGGUUCUUAAUGUGUCCUUUGCAUUUGAGCUAAUGCAAGAUGGAGGGUUGGAAAAACCAAAACCAAGGCCAGAAGACAUCGUAAAUUGUGAUUUGAAGUCGACCUUGAGAGUGCUGUACAAUCUGUUCACCAAAUACAGAAACAUAGAAUGAAGAACUUGUUUGGGAUGCCACAGGUGGCUGUUAAUGAACCACCCAAGGAAGCCACUCCAGUCUUUGCAAUCUUUUUGUUUUAAUGAAACACUGUGCUUUUCUCAAAGGAGGAUACCAUGCUUCUGAGAAUACUCUUGCUAUAUUUGUUUUAUAUAAACUAGGAUUGCCAAAAUAUAAAGUAAAAAUCCAAUGCACAGAUUUUCUGCUGAGACUUCAUGCUACUGUACAAUUCUUUUAUAUCAACUGUCUCUUCUUGGAGGACAGGCAUAAAUUCUGAUCCAGGCCUAGGUUGAGAGAGAGAGCAACAUGGAAGCAGCAGCCUUUCCCCUUUUUUGCUGCACAGAGGUGGGGACCCGGAAAUUCAUGCAGCACAGGUUCUUGCACUGCUGAAUGGGAAAGAGUCCUUUGGGGGGAGCAUCGCAGCCAAAGAGCCACUGCAUCAUUUGCCUUUGGUGCUGCUGUUCCGGUGCCCUUGCCCCUUUUCUGUCUGCCUUGCAAAGCACUUAAUUGGGCCAGGAAAUGGGAGGCCCCUUCUGAAUGUGGCCUUUCCUACCACAACUUUGCACAGCUUUUCUCAGUAAUAAGCAAGUUUGUGGCACUGUCUUAUUACUAGCAAGUUGCCAUUGAAGCUUAAUUUAUGGUUUAGCAGAUAAAUCAUUUAGAUGCAAAUGCUCCUGCUUAACUGAGUUGCGAGCCAGGCUCCAGGAAAUUUUCCAUGACUGUCGGUAUCAUAUUUUUUUUCAGGAAAGGAUCCAUUCUACUCACAAUGAGGUGUAAGAAUGCUUUUGUAAAGACCAUGGAGAAUAUAUAUGUAAACCAUGGGCGACAUGACUUAAAUAUGAUUGAAGAAGAAAAAUCUUCAAAACAGGCUUCACCUGAAUAUUAUUUCCUAUGCAACAGUGGCCUGUGUACACAUUCCUCAAUUUUUUUUCAUUCCUUAAAGUUUACAGCCUGCUUUAAAUAUGCACAAUAGCACACUUUACAGUAUUAUUCUCUGCACUAGGAAAUGACAAUGGUACUAAAUGUGUAGAUAAUUUCUGGUUUGCAAAUCUUUAGCGGCAAAGUGCAGAGAAAGUCAAGUAUGGUGGCACAAUGACAAAACAGAAUGAGAUCUUCUCUAUCUGGGCAGUGAAAGGAAAUUAAAAUAAGCUAUAUUUACUUAAUUGGAAUGAAACAAGACAAACUAAUUGGUAUAAGGAGGUUUAACUACGAUCAAAUGUAUAAGAUCUUGAAACAGAAAUGUUGUGUGUACGUUGGUCUCUGGGUAUUUAAAAUUAAUGAACAGUGUUGAUAUUUCACUGAAAAUCAGGCUAUACAACUGCAACAUUAUUUAAAUUGUUCAUAAAAUUAAAAUUUUAGAAUAUCUACAUUUUGAUAGGAUUUGGUAAAAAGUACCUGUAGACAAAAUGGAAGCUUACAGCAUGAGAUGCAUUGUGUUCAGUGUUUACUACCAUAUUAAAUUUUUGGAAAGAGUGAUUAUAUAAUCUUUUAGAGAAAAUGACCUAAUUUAGAAAUAAUGCAUAAUGCAUUGACAUGCAUAUUCCUAAUUAAUAUUUUGUACAUAAAUUCCCAUAAUUUAGUUCAUCCUGGACUUCUUUUCGGAGUGCAUAUAGAAUUGUUUGUAUUAUAUGGGAACAUAUUGACUGCCCUUCUGAUUCUGACGUACUGUUCUUAGAUAGUCAAAAUGUUAGAAUCUGUUCACAUCUUCUACUUUAAUAUGGUAGAGCUUCCAGGAGUAUGGCCCACAUUACUUUGGGUAUAAAAUACAAGGUUGUAAUGCUCCCUUGUGUAAUAAGAAGUUGGAUUUAAUUUUUAAUUUUUCUGUUUGUAAUGAUAUGUAAUAUAGUGAAGUAUUUAAAUAAGCAAAUGAUUUCUGGUUACAUGAGGGUGCAUACAAACAGAAUAGUAAUGGUCCUUCUCUGUCUCUCCCUGUCAGCAAUUUCUGGUCUUUUUCAAUGAAGUCACCUUCAUGUUCUCCCAAGUUCUCUUUUCCCUUUGAAUGAAAAAAAGUAUCUGGAAAAUCUUCAUAACAAAAAGUAAAGUUCUUUCUUUAAACCUCCUCAGAACCUUCCCACCCUACUUGAUUAAAAAUUACUGCUGUCAGGUUCUGCCCUGGGCGUAGCUAUAUCGGGCACCAGCAGGCCUGACCUCAAUUCUGGGAAUCAGUCAGGGACCGUGCAGGUUCUCGCUCUGUGGAAGGAGGGGUGGUAUACAUCACCCUCACUCCCUCUCAGUCCAGUCUCAGGCCUGCUCAACCUGACAGAGUCCUGGCUGCCUCCUUUUACUUCCAGCUUUCCAAAGCCUCCGCCCUCCUUGCCUCCUCCAGGCUUGCUCUUUCUCCUGUGCUUCAUCUCCCUUGACCUCACUCCUUCCAGCUCUCUCUCUCUCUCUCUCUCUCUCUCUCUCUCUCUCUCUCUCUCUCUCUCUCGUGACUUCAGUUACACAAAGUUAAGAGACUACUGAAGUUUAAUGUUUGCAAUGAAAAACAUAAAAAUAUUUCUUGAACGGGAAUUUAGUAUCUAUACUAUGCACAGAAAAAAAUGUAUCAUAGAAAAAAUGCCUGGAUAACUCUUUUCAAAGAAAUGUGGAACUAACAAGCUAUAGAAUUCUGUUACUAAUUUUGCUUUGUUUUAUUUCCAGACCGUCAUUAGCUAAAUAUUAAGUUACACAAUUGUGUUAUUAUUUCACAUUAGUUAGCUUUUACAGAAUGCAAAUAAUGGAUUAAAAAAUAGAAUUCCACAAACAAUAGCGAUAGUAUCCGAUGUAUCUGAAGCAGCAAACAAGUCUUAUUUUUAGAAGUAAUUAAUAGUUUGGGAGGAACAUAUUGAGAUAAGUCUUCUAUCCAACAAUAACCAAGAAGUCAGAACUUCUCCUAAACAAAGCUCUGCGGUCUGUGCAAAGGGUAUCAAACCAUUUCUAAACUCAGGAAAACAUGAAGCUGCUUUAUACUGAAUCAGACCGUUGAUCCAUCAAUGUCAGUCCUGUCUACUCAGUCUGGCAGUGGCUCUCCAGAAUCUUGGGCAGAGGUCUUUCACAUCACCUAUCUGGUCCUUUUAACCAGAAAUGCUGGGGAUUGAACCUCGGACCUUCCUUAUGCCAAGCAGAUGCUGUACUGCUGAGCUACAGACUUCCCAUUUGUUGACAAUUAGAAGUCUGUCUCUAUGAAAUUCUCAAAUGUUUAAAAUUAAAAUUACAUCCUAUGAAACAAUGGUGACUAUGAGAAAGGAUUCAUUUGCUCAUGUAAUAAAUGUGAAGCUAAUGUAUGUUGGUACUGAUGGCCACUGAUACUGAAUAUUUUCACAAUCACAUUGCAAGUUUUAUGCAACUUGAUCAGUUGUCUGUUUCUUCAUAUUUUAUCUUUUCCUGAGAAAAUGGAUAUUUAAAACAGCCCCAAAUCCAACAGUCGUGUGCAUUCAGCACAGAAUAUCUGAAGCUGUAUGAGAGCCCUGUACGCACAGUUCUUUCAACUGGAUCAGUGAGGGAACCAUGUAGGAAGUGCCCAUCUGCAGGUGCCAUUCCUCAUCUAGCUAAGAAUAUGGUCCCUAGGUGACAAGCUGGAUCUAUGCACAUGAGGCUCUCUUGGAAACUUAACUUGGUAAGGGCAUGGACCCUUUCCCUUGCUAUAACUUGCAGCAUUAUUAGACUGCAGCUAUGUUAAGCAUUGCUUAAUUUUUGAACAUUUCAUAAUAAUUGGAUGGUAGCACUUCCUUUAUUUCCUGGAUGUAUUUUUGUCCAAAUCCCACCCCCCACCCCAAAAAGAGAGAGAGAAGCAGGUAAAUGUUUUGUAAUUAAAUAUGAAGCUGGUUCCAUUUUUAAAAAUACAAGUGAUUAGACACUUGGGAUCAUGAAGGUAACUUUUUUAAAUAAAAAAAAUAGCAAAGGCCAUGUAUAUGUUUUGUAGCAAGCACUUGUUUCAAUUGAUUUUUUCCUUAGAAUUCUUAACACAUACUAUAAACAUGGAAUGAUUUAGUAAUUUUUCCUACAUAGUUGUUAUAUGUCCUAUAUAAAUGGAUCCUAGUUUAUAUUUCUAACAGAUUUAUCACCUAUGCGAAGUUAAUAUGAAAUAGAAUCUACAUAUUAUAUAUAAUUUAUUGCAGCUGAAAAUGUAGACAAAUAUAUUGCUAUAGUAUAGUAUAGACAGAUACAGUAAAGUAUAUCACUUAAAAUAGGCUUUUUAAAAAAUACCAGAGCUCAUAUUAAUCUAUUUGAGUAAAAUUGUGCACCUAUCAUGAAGUUCUGAUUUAGAUAGAAUUCAUCCUUUUGAUUAUUGGAGAACUUUAAGCCAAACACAGCCUUAUUUAUAAUAUCAGAAAGUAAAAUUAUUUUGUACUUCAAAUUAGAAUUGCAGUAGCAUUAAAGUUGUGUCUCAAUUGAACUAGCACAACAUCGUCGUCUCUAGAUUCUUCCAAGCCUAGGCCCCUAUAAAAUGCUAGUAGGAUGAAGUACAACCAGAGCAAGCAAACAAGAAAUGCUGCCGCUGUAUACUGUGCAUCACAGAGCAGCAUUUUACCUGUCUCCAGCUGCUAAUCCAUGUAGCCUUGUUCAGACUCUCAGCAGCCCAUGUGCAAAUUGCCUUUGAGACUGUAUAGGACUGUCACAACUCAACCAGGAUCCCACAGCAUGAUUUGCAUAAUAAUGGCAACUUGAAAAAUGAUUGAAUAAGUUGUGGUGACCAUGUGCACAACACUAACUGAUUUGGAGGCUCUGCAUAAUGCAAGCUACAACUCCAUGUUCUGAUCCCAUGGUAGUCCCACACAGAUCCAGCUAAGCCUCUGAACUGGGCCACUAUCCUUAUUGAUUCUAGGAAGAGUUCCUCCUCCGCCCCGCCCUCCGCCCCUGCUGCCAUUCUUUGAUCGUUGAGCUGUAUUCCUCUCAGUCAGCCUCUAACCAUUUGGAAAAAGACAAACACACCCUCAAAACAGAUUAGCAGGUUGCCAUCAGUCAGUGUGAAAUAUGUUAUGCUUCUAAAGAUUUCCAAUCAAAACAACUGAAAAGAAAUAUACAAAAAAAGUAUCUGGGUGAAUUCGCUGUUUAGGACUAUAUCCUGUGUGAUGCUAUGUAAAUGCAUAGAUGAAGCUACAGCUGCAUUUUAAGCCCAGCUGAGAAAUUAAAUUCCUGAGAAUUAAGAGAGUUCAAAGCCUCUGCAGCUUCAGAAAAAAAGAGUCUCCUUCUGAAGAUUCAAAUCUAUCCUAGAUGAUAUAUUUUAUCUUUUGUCCCACUUGUCCUUUCUGCCACAAUCUGCCUGUAACAUUUCAUCCAUGUAUCUUUGUUUUAAAUGUUCAAAUAUUGCAUCAGCUAGGGAUUUUCAUAGAAGGCUCAUAGGCCAGAUUUGUUAAUCGAUACAGCUUGCAUGGAUAUUAAGAUAAAUGGUACUUGAUCAGUGCGGUUAACCUUUGCUUUAUGUCGAAUAUAAAUCUUUUGUAAUUUCCAAUGAAUCUUCUUGAUAUUUUUUGACAGUUCUUUGUUUUAGGUCAGCACUAGCAGUGCUACAUUGAAUGCUCUUCUAGGUAUCUGAAGAAGGCUUUGACUCUUCAAAAGCUUAUAUCCUGAAAAUGUUGUUGGUCUCUAAGGUGCAACUGAACUUAAAUCCUCCUGUUCUAAAUAGAACUGUUUAUUUUAAAAGUGAUAUUUUAAUUCAAUAGCCGGAAAGUUUUUAUCAGAAUUUAACACACUUCAUCUUUAUUUUAUUUUUUUUGCUAUGGCCUUCUUAUACGAAAAAUUGUUCCCUUAUUAUGCUGAAUAUUAUACAAUACAGCAGCACCUUGAAAUGAUA